UCCGUCGAUCCUGCGUACGCGAUCCGCAGGGAGAUACUCGCGUAUCGAUCGAUACCCUCUGUGUCCACCGACAAGGUACGAGAGAUCCGUUCACCGCGCCGAUGUGAUCCGCCUGGGCCCGAAUCGCCCCGGUUGCCUUACGCCUCUGACACCGAUCCUCCUUGUUCCGCUCUCCCUCUGAUUCGUAUUGAUUGUCUGUCUCUUGUUGCUCCGCUAUAUAUUAUACACUUCAGUUUGCUGUCGAGCGUGUCACGUCUUCGAUACCUGUCGCUUUGUUACGUUUGUUUCGAGUUGAGAUCGAGGUUGAGCACGUACUGUGCCGCCGUCGUUGAUGGAGAUGAGGGUGCCGGCGGUGGUGGUGGCCGGAGGAUGCGACCUCGGCGGGUGCUGCCGAGGUGGUGGCAAGGUGGCCGACGGGGAGGAGGGGAAGAAGGACGAGCGGAUCAGUGCUGUCAAGGACUGGGUGAUGGCGCAGGUGGUGCCGGUGGACGACAACGCGUCGGCGGAGGAUGAGGACGAGGAGGCAGAGGCGCCGCCGCCGUACGUGAUGGCCGUCGAUGACAGCUCCGUCGACCGCGCCAUCAUCACGGCGCUGCUUCGGCGAUCCAAGUACCGUGUGACUGCCGUAGACAGUGGAAAGCGGGCGCUGGAGAUACUCGGCUCGGAACCAAAUGUGAGCAUGAUCAUCACGGACUACUGGAUGCCGGAGAUGACCGGGUACGACCUGCUCAAGAAGGUCAAGGAAUCGUCGGAGCUGAAGCAGAUCCCGGUGGUGAUCAUGUCGUCAGAGAACGUGCCCACGAGGAUCAGCAGAUGCUUGGAAGAAGGCGCCGAGGACUUCCUGCUCAAGCCGGUCCGGCCGGCGGACAUCUCCCGCAUAUCCAGCCGGAUGCUGCAGUGAACUCAACUGACCGGCGGCCGCCGCCGUCGGCGAAAUCCGGUGUCGACGCCGGCCAUUGUGACCCGGUGCUGGUGCCACUGUAGUUGUAGAUGGUGUAGCCAUGUAGGCAGUGGAAUGUAGACUAGGAAGAUCUUAUGGUGGUGUUCUGGGUUGAUCAGCUGGUUGAGUGGUUUUGUCUUCUUGUAGCUGUAGGCAACUGUUCUACUUGUAGUAGUAACCUAAUGGCAUGUGUAUUUGUCGAUUGAUCACUGUUGCAAAGCAUGAUUUCUGUUCUGGAGCUAACUACAUUAAUUAGCU